AUGGGAGACUGGAACUUCCUCGGAGGCAUUUUGGAGGAGGUGCACAUCCACUCCACCAUGGUCGGCAAGAUCUGGCUGACCAUCCUCUUCAUAUUCCGGAUGCUGGUGCUGGGUGUCGCGGCCGAAGACGUGUGGAACGACGAGCAGUCCGACUUCAUCUGCAACACGGACCAGCCGGGCUGCCGCAACGUCUGCUACGACCAGGCCUUCCCCAUCUCCCUCAUCCGCUACUGGGUGCUUCAGGUCAUCUUCGUGUCCUCGCCCUCCCUGGUGUACAUGGGCCACGCCAUCUACCAGCUGCGGGCUCUGGAGAAGGAGCGCCACUGCAAGAAGGUGGCCCUCCGCCGGGAGCUGGAGGCCGUGGACGCAGAGCUUGUGGAGGUACGGCGGAGGAUCGAGAAGGAGAUGAAGCAGCUGGAGCAAGGGAAGCUUAACAAGGCUCCGCUGAGGGGCUCUCUGCUGUGCACUUAUGUGGUCCACAUUGUCACGCGCUCGGUGGUGGAGGUCAGCUUCAUGGUGUGCCAGUACAUCCUCUACGGGCAUCGGCUGAACCCUCUUUACAAAUGUGAGCGGGAGCCGUGCCCGAACAUGGUCGACUGCUUUGUCUCAAGGCCUACCGAGAAGACGGUGUUCAUGGUGUUCAUGCAAGGGAUCGCCUGCAUCUCGCUCUUUCUCAGCCUCCUGGAGAUCAUGCACCUGGGAUUCAAGAAGCUCAAGAGGGGAAUCCUGGACUACUACCCGCACCUGAAGGCCGACCUUGACGAGUACUACGUCGACAAGUCGAAGAAGAACUCGGUGGUGCAUCAGGUUUGUGUUGGCACAACCGUGGGUCGUAAGACCACAAUCCCUACAGCGCCUUGCGGAUACACCUUGCUGUUGGAGAAGCAGGGCAACGGGCCCACCUACCCUCUCCUUAACGCCUCCUCAGCCUUCGUCCCUAUUAAAGGGGACCCAGGUGCAAAGCCGGAAGGCCACAAGGAUGGCAAGGAGGGAGUGCCGAGCCCCACGGAGCAGAACAGCAACUCCAACAACACGAGCAGCGAGACACGUUCCCCUCCUGCGGACAAACAGGAGGAGCCGGAGGAGCAGUCUUCGCCACGUCGUGAGCGCAUGGAGUGCGCCAGCUCCGAGUACCCCACCCUCCCCGUGGCGGAUGCCUCAUCGUGCGCGACGAUGUCAGGCGUUGUUAGGAAGUCGCGGAGGGUCAGUCCACCGUGGAACUGCUCCACACUAGUGGAGGGGAACGCCUCGGACAGCGGAGACUCCUAUCACGGGAACAACAGUGUGAAGCUGCGCAGUGGCUGCGUCAAACCCCGAACAAGGAUGCUCUCCAAGUCAGACAUUAAGAGGCCCAGCAGGUCUCAGAGCCCGGACUCCGCAGGCGAGCUGAGCUCGGUGUCUCGACACAGCCGGGAGAGCAACAGCCCCAUCGCCUCCUCUCCGAACCGCCGAGUGUCGGCAGCGAGCAGUGGCAGCAGCAGAAGGGCCCCAACUGAUCUGCAGAUAUAAACAGGCUGUACGCUCUUCGACGUGGCAACGGAAACUCUAUAGCCCACCUGGGGGUGCAAGUUUUGUGUGCACUUUUCACACAUUUUAAGUUCUUUAAAAGACAAGCACAGAAGGCCUUUGCUACUUGUUGCCGUGGAGAUUAUGCUCUUGAGCAACCUCUUUUUCCCCAAUAAAUCUGCAAUCCAACAUCCACUUUUCUGAUAUUACCAUGUAGUCACCAUAAUGGACUGUUACGUUUCAGGACAUCAACAGGUCUGUAACAGGGAUUCAGAUGGACAUUUAAUGAUUCGACUGUACGCAGUCGAAUGAUUAGAGGGGAAUGGAAAACCGAACUGCAAUCUAUAAUGUUGUUUCAGGUCACAACAUGCUGUUACGCAACCGGAUACUUAUGAAUCAGUGACGCUGUCUGAAUUAUUCCGACCCCAGUUCUUUACUAAGAACAAUAAACAUAAAGAUGUCUCUGUCACGAUGGGAAAGGAGUGCUAAAUAGCUGGUGUUCAAUGUGCUGUCAUUUAGCAGAUUUUAAUUUCCCUCUGGGCACAUUAGGAGUGAC